AUGGACUGUAGUGACGAAUUGAUAUUUGUGUUCGAAAUCAACUGGCAGUCUGCCGCGAUCCGCGAAACAACUAGCCGAUUCCUCCGGCUCCGAUGCACUCCUCCCCCUCCGCCGCGCCGCGGCCUAGGUCAGAGGAGCUCCGUGGAGGUCGUCGCCUCGUCGGGCAACGAGGAGAUGGCGUUUAUCGCCGCCGCUGCAGCGGGGGCCCGGCUCCUCUCCUCCGCCGGCCGCCGCGCCGCCGCGCCGCUCACGAACGCGUCCUACUCGACCGCCGGUCCCUCCGCCAGCGACAUUGAGGACUCCCCUCUGCCGCGAAUGUCGCGUCUCGCCCAGUUCCGGGAGCGCCGCGCACUCGCCGUCACCGACAUCACUGCCACGGAAUGGUGCGAGAAAAAGAUGGAAUUCGAGCUCAAACACGGCAAGCCGGAGAGGACCGAGGCCAUGAAGGCAGGUUCGGACCGCCAUGCGCAGCUCGAGCAUGAGGUUUUUCAAAGAGUGGAUAUCGCCCAUAGUCACCGAAGUUCCCGGAAUGACGGAUCAAGGAACGAGGAACGGGGAACGAGGAACGACGCUUGGGAUGGAAUUUUACACUGCGGGAACGAAAAUGUUCUCUAUUCCCAUCAGAAUGGAGUUCCCGGAACGUGGAACGCACCCUCGUUCCACGAUCCCGGUGACUAUGAUAUCACCAUUAGAUCUGUGGAAGAAUCAUGGGCAGUCAAAUUCGUGAGCUUCAUCGAAGGAACAAACCGGUUAAUGCUCGAGGAUGAGCUCAAGGAUGUCGCACGUGAAAUUCCAGUGUUUGGGGUCAUUGAAGGUACAUGGAUUAUAGGGAUUAUUGAUGAAAUCCGAAUGCACAUGGAUGGCAUUUCAGUUCAACCCAUCCUGAUAGAUACAAAGACACGUGCCAAGCCAACAAUUCCCUCGGAACCACAAAAAAGAAAUGGAAGGCUACAGCUGAUGUGUUACAAAUAUCUAUGGGACAGUUUGAUUGCCAAGAAAUUUCCAGCAGAAAAUUUCUUUAGCUAUUUUGAUCUGGACCCCAACUACUUGUUAUCAGAUCAUAUCAAGUGGUACACUAACUCACUGGGAGUCAAUGCAAAGACCCUUGAAGAUGUAGUGAAAUAUUUCAAGAUUACCUGCCAUUCUCUAGGAUGUUUGCGAUCUCGAGAACAACUGCUCCUGAGAUAUGAAUUUCAGGAAGAUCAUUCCCUGCUUGAUGAAUACCAGUUCACUUAUGAUGCUAAGUGGUUCAAGGAUCAAAUCCAGGGAGUCCUCAGCUUCUGGCAAGGAUCACGGGAACCUAGAUUUGUGACUGAAGAGGAGAGGUGGAAAUGCGAUAACAGUAUCUGCAAAUUUGCACCAAUUUGCCCGAUGAUUGCUUCCUCAUCAAAGCGUUGACAGUAACAAAAAAUGCUCUGAUUUGGUUGGAGGCUUGGAGCUUGGUGAAAAAUAUUUGACACUGAGCUGAAGAACCAAAAUAGUGUUGAUGAAUUUGAAUCUACACUAUAAAGGACCAAAACAAUUGAGAACACUUUUCACCUAAAAAA